UAAGGCUUUUACAACCUUUGGCUAAAAUAUGCAAAUAAUCUAAUAAAUAAAAUAGAAAUAUCAGCAAAAGGUCAAAAUACAAACUGAAUGAACAGCGAUUUUUGUGAAUGGACGUAAAGAAAAUCAAGUUAUUGGAAAGACCCACCUAGAAGAGCCAAGAAUUUGCAUUGAAUUUGCAUUAAUUCUUCGAUAGUCUCAAUCUUAUUUAUAAUAUAAACAUAUAUAAUCUUAGCCCAGCCCUAAGACAUUCAUUUGUCAGUUCGUAUUAAGGCAUCUAAGGUAUAUCAAGCUGCCUUAAUCAGCGUCCCUAAUUUGUGGAUAAACAAUUAUAAAUUAUGAAAAUUAUGCGGCUAAUCCAAUCUGCUUAGACGACCACCCCAGAGACCAGAUGCGAAUCGAAAAAACCGAAAAACCAUUCCGCAUCCACACCUCAGGUGGCGAUAGACUAGCGUAGGUCUCAUUAAUAUUAAUAUGGUUAGCCGUUCGGCCAAACCUAGUAUCUAUGUAUCUUAGCGAGGCCUAAGGCUUGUUUAAGGUUUCUAUUUGGCUUUGAAGAUAAAUUGCCUUUAUUUAUAUUAGUAAAUAUAUAAUCUUUAACACCAUUAAUUUAGUUGCGCGUAUUAAUUGCUGUUGAUUUCGCUUGUCAAAUCACAUUCUGUCUUUAUCUUAGCCGUCUGCCGUCUGGGCCUUAUUAAUUUUUCGUCUUAUUUGUAUUUACAUUUCAAGUUUUUCAAGUUGUUUUUCUUCUUGCCGGUUUUCUUUGCUCUCGGCUGUGGGUUCUUUGUUAUUGCCUUCUUUUUGACAGCAAAAGCGUGCUCUUGUGUAGACACAUUCGUGUUGGCUGGCUUUUUGUUUCUUGGUUUUUGAUUAAUUUACUUUUGGCCGCGAACAGAAGCCGCAUCGAUUUGGUUUCUUUUCGAGGUAUUAAUUUAUUAAAAUGUUAAUUAAUUUGUCAGGCGUCGACAGGCAUCGAAUUUGCCUGAUAAAUGGCCCAGAAACGAGUUCGAACUGGGACGAGGGAAAUCUAUACACUUCUUCCAAAAUCAAAAUGUCUGUGAAAUUCUUGUGAUUUAAUACAAAAAUAUUCUCAUUAAGUUUCAUACUAAGAAUAUGUCCGACACGGAAGAAAAUGAGGAAGCAGAUCGGAUGGACGGUUCUACCGGGGCAAUGCCGGGGACUAUCUUCAGCGCAAUCUCAAUUCUGCGACCGAUCACCACUUCCCGUCCUGAUCUCUCGAAUGCUCCCUCGAUUGUCAUCUCUUUGCCCGAUAGCCAAAGAGGGUCCAUUCCCGAGGAGACACCGGAGCAGCGUCUGCGGCGCCGGAUGAGAUUCUUGGAGUUGCGGCGGGAACAUUACAAUCACUUGCAUCACAGUGAGCAGUGCAACAUGACGUCCACGGAUGAUGAAGAUCACUCCCCGAAUCCACCGAAAAGUCUGGCGGAGAACAAGCCCAAGUAGGAACUAAAAAACUGCAUCUAUAUAUUCUUAAAUUUUAUAAAGUUCCUAAAGCUGCGUCAAACGUUGUUACUUCGUACCUACUAUCCA